GUUUAGUCACGCAACACACGUACUUGUUGUCUGUCUGGUAUGGCUACCACCCUCAGCGGAUGCUGGCAGUGGUGGCCGAUGCGCCGGGCCAGGCGCUCCGAGCGGGAGACGUCGAGGGGAGUGAGUCGCAAGGUGAAGAGCCGAUUCACCACGAUAAGGAUGCCUGCGCAGGUGUCCUCUGCUGGGCCCGCGGGACGAGGAAGACCCCACUCACCCAGCGACGGCGGCGGCGGAGAGGAGACGAGUUCUGUCUCUUGCGCCGCCCUGGGAGCAGUUGCCGGAUUGGAGACAGACAUAAUUGGCGAAUCGUCGGGGGGAGCGAUAGGAAGGCAUCCAUCGCAGCAGAAGGAGGACGGGGAUUCACAAUCAGCGGCAGCCGUGGCCGUGAAGGUAAGAAAGGGUGGCCUGUUCGGAGUGUUGCGACGCCCGACUUUCGGUGGCGGGGCGGACGACGACGUGGUCCACGUGCCUGCGGGAGAGAUAUGCGUGAUCUGCAUGGAGCCUUUCCAGGCAAACGAUGUGCUCGAGGUUCUGCUCUGCCAGCACCUCUACCAUCAAAGGUGCAUCCACGAGUGGCUGGGCAGCCACACGUCGUGCUGCGUGUGCAUGGCGGACAUGGAGGAGAUGGCGAGGGCCACGAAGAAACCUUCCCGUCGACACCGCCGUCGUUCACGGGCGCGACCAGCAACGAGAUCGGAGAGAUCGGAGAGCCUGAGGUCGGAGUCCGGGUACAGCUCCGACCAGGCCCGCUCCACGCUGUCCUCGAUGUCGGCUCCAGCCGCCUUAGCGGACAGGCUGCCGGCCGACAGCGGUCGAAGCGACCGACCGCAGGCCAGCAGCGGACCACCACCACUGCCGCUACCCCGCACGCUCCAGCCCAGGAUCGGUGGUACUAGUCACGCUGGACCUAGCCGGACUUUUCACCAGCCUCGCGGUCACCGUAGAGCUGCAGGCGUUGGCGGGCGCCCCGGCGAGAGCAGAGCGGCGCCCGUCGGACGGUCGCCGACACCUAUACCGAAGUCGUUGCGGCCCAACCCUAGGUGGCCGCGCAACCCGAGGUCGCCCGCGAGGCGGAGCAAUGUUGUUACCCGGCGGCGAACGGCGGCGGCAUCGGGAUUUUCUAGCCCGCCUGCGGUACACAUCGCAUCGCCCGGUCCCUCCGGUGGUGGUGCUGCUGCUGCUGCUGCGUCGUUGAACACGAGGUUAACGCCCGUGUCGGAAUGGACGCUGCAGAGCGGUGCCGACGGCAGCCGGGAACGCCAGAUCAGCGGCACUAGCAGCAGCAGCAGCAGCAGCAGCAGCAGCGGAAGCUUCUGCGGGAACACGAGCAGUAUCGACAGCAGCGACGGCGAGGAUCAGCUCCCCUCCGAUCGAGUGGCGCAGUUAAGCAAAUUUGGGGAAAAGCGGCCAAGCGGGCCGUACUCGCACAGGCAUACGCCACGCUCCCAUCAUGCGAGUAGCACCUUUCUUUCUGGCAGGUCCUCGGAGAGGUCCGGUCGGCCGGCGGCGCAGUCGUCGCUUUCGUUCCGCCCGUCCGCGCGUUCGUCGCGAUGUCCCCAACGCUCCGGACUCUUGGAUCGGCAUCCCGGUGUCCGUCACUUGUCGCCGGCCGCGGUCCACGACAGAGCGGGGGCGGCGGAGGCGCGGCCUCGUAGCGCAUCCGGUAGCUCCCCGCUGCUGCUUACGCGGACGGAAAUCGUGCGCCCGACUUCACGGGCUCAGGGUCGGGCUAGUAGUACCCCUUCUCCGCGACCACCAUCGGAGGGCACGAGCGCGGCCGCUGCUGCUGCCGCGGUGGCAACAAGUCCCACCGCCAGCCCGCCCAACGGGGAGCAGGCGGUGCUGCAGAGAGUCUCCGCUCCGGAGUCUCCUCGUUCGGGUUUCCCCUCGGCGGUGGCGACGCUCUCCACCCCGCAGCGGAUGCGGCGGAAGUCUUACGCGCAGCGGGCGACGUCGUUCUCCGUAGAGGACACGCUGCUGCUGGCGUCGAGCGGUCUAGCGGCCUCAGGUAGCGGGACGGCGCCGGCGACUCCCCAGCGCCGGUGGGAAGCUUCACCGUCGACCCCCCGUAACUGGCCGAUCAUGACAUCUUCCGCGGGCAAUACUCCUAGCCGCCGUCACCGCCGUAUCCGCCAGCGGGACUCUUCGCCACGGCGCGGGGUGGUGGGGGCGGGUGGGCCGGCCGCGGCGAACAGGCACGGCGGGGAACCCGGCAGGAGACAGUCGUGGGGGGAACAAAAGCAGACUGAGGCGGAGGAAGAGAUACAUGGCGGCGGCGUGAGCGGCUUCAGCGGCAGGGUGCCGGGGGAGGGUGCCGCAGCUCGAGGUUACGUCAGAACGAAACAGGAGCAGCCGCUGGGUGUAGGCGUGCGGAGGGCCGGCGGGGGAAGGGGAAGGGCGAGUGCUCCCUUAACGGAGUCAAGCCCGAGCGGUGGUGUAGUCUUGAGAAGGUCGUGGGAAGAGAGGAAGUAUUCGACGAGGGACGACGAGGAGGAACAGGAGGAGAAGGGGAAGCGUCGCAGCAGUCGGGAGAAAGACGACGGCGUCGCUCGACUACGGGGCGUCGCCGGCUUUGACGUCGGAGUUAGUACCGCCGGAGAGCCGCCGCCGCCGCCGCCGCCGCCGGGCUGCGAUUGGGAUUCACCGGUCCCCGCCGCCGGUGGCCUGGACGGCCGACGCUCCAGUGCCACGCGCGCCGAGGAGGACAGGUGGCCGGAGGACUUCUUGGAGAAGAGUCCGCCCUCCGAGCCCGGGAGCCACAAGACGUGCUCCACCCAGUGGUCGGAGAUGGACUCGCAGUCGCAAGGGUCCGGGAACUCGUACGCCGGGAGCACAAACAGCAGCAGCGCGAUGAGCGCACAUCCCGCGGGAAGACGGUCGGUCCACUCGCGGUCAACGACGACGAGCCCGCGUCCCCACGCGCCCACAAUCGCCGAGGCGAAACGCCCUCCGCCCGCCUCCUCUUCGCCGUCGCUGGCGGUAGUGGUUUCUACCGGCGGGCCCAAGAGCGGUCCGGAACCUUGCAACCCCCGGGAGGAUGUAUCUGGGGGGGAUACUCCCAACCUGCUGACCCCGGGCGCCUUGACUCCGGGUGCCCUGCGUGCUAGGUCAGAGUCUGCGCCGAUGAUAUGGGACUGAGUGGGCGACAAAGAAGGCGAUGGUGUUUCGUCAUCGCAUGGUGGAGGGGGAGGGGCAGGUGUUGCUCCACCUUGAAUGUUUUCUCGAGAAGGACCGGGAGAGGAGGUGGAGGGCCAGAGCGGUGAUAUGUUUCUGGAGCGUGUUUUGUUUUCCUCGCUCUGUGUGAAGAAGAUGGGGGGGGGCGGGGGGGGCCGCAGUUGGGGGGUGUACCCUUGCCCGUGCGUUCCCGUUUCCUUCGACUGUGACUGUUCUCGGGUAGGUGGGACAACUGGCUGUGUUCUGCCGAAGGUUUGCUUACGCUGUGUGGGUACUCUUCGCUCAAUACCCCUUGUCUCUUAGCGGUGACGAGCCGCGUGGUUAUUGAUGGCACGGCCGUGCGCUGCGGCUUCUCGCUCCUGGUCCGUGUACUGUAGCUUUUUAGUUUGUUCUUUUCUGUGAAUAAUAACGAUGGGUACCAUGUCGGGUAUUGAAGGGUUGGCCUGGUGUUCUGUUCUGUGUCCAUCCAGACAUGUUUUGUUUGCCGCAUGUACAGUAACUUACGUGGUUGCGAUUGGUUAGGGGGUAUAAUGGCCGGCGAGGGACAGAUGGUGAAUGAAGUUUUCGACAUUUGGUUGCCCGUGCUGCCGGGGGGGGGAGGGGUUGGUUGAGUGGGACGGGUUGGGAGUCGUGAGCAUGGCCAGCGAGUCAUGCGGCUGCGGCGUUAGCCCACCUACAAAUAUGGGUCUUGUCUGUUUGUCUAUCUAAAUCUGUCUGUUUGUCUGUCUGUAUGUUAAGUCUAUAUAUGUUUUGUUUCUGUGGCUUGUUCUUCUGCCGGUGUCUGUCUCGUCUCUCUGUAUUGCCUGUCUGUCUCUCUUGUCUUGUUGUCUGUCCUAAUGCUUAGAAACUUUUGAUGGUUCGAAAUUGACCCCUUGUACGAAGUGACCCCAUGGCCAGCGGGUUGUUCCGUCGCCGAGAAUUUAGGAGGGUUCGAGGAGGGGUUAGCUGGGUAGGGGUCGCGCAAGUGAACCGGCAUUGGAUGGACGACUUGUAUACCGCCACACACGCACCUUAUUCGAGGGUGUUGAUAUCCGCAACUUAGUUAACUUUUGUGAAAUAUUUGUCCUCCUUUUUUGCCUAUUUUCGAAUAAUUGUCGUGUUCUGUAUGUAACAACCGUUUGUACACGCGUGUUUUUUGUUUUUGGUACUGCCUCAAAGUAUAGUCGGUCCAGAGCUGUGCUUUUGCGACACAUUGCCCUAAUUUGUUUUUUUCUCCCAAGGUCCGUAGUCGGAAGCCUGGCUGCACAAUGUUCUUGCGUUGACGAUGCAAUAUCCUCGGCGUGUGUUGCGAUACAUUUAGACUAGCGGGGGGGGAAAUGAGAUGGCAAGGCUUGUUGAAAGUGACCAAUCCAAGCCACCCUGUCGAAAUUGUACUGGUUGUCUGCCGCUGGGUGGAGUCCAUCGCGUUUGGCUACAAUUUCUUUUUCUACGUCUCGUUUUCGUCGGCAGCCUUGUCUGUGUCUGGCCUGCUGUGUUGGUAUGUGACGCACAUCUUAUUUUUAUUUCCGGUUGUACGGGUCUGGCGUCUAUUUAGUGUCCCACCUCCCCGCUCUCCGGGCAUUUAUUUUUUUUUAGUGGAGAAACUCAUUGACAGUCAGUUAGUGCCGUAGAGGCAACUCUCCUACUGCUCGAUUUCCCCACUCGAAUGGCGGGAGAAACAAACAAAAAAAUACGACCUUUCAUGGGGGGUAGGCAGCGCGGCGUUCUUGAGCGGAUUUCAGGGUUGUUUAGUAAACGCAACAAAUUAAGUUUUUUUGUAUAGUGCUCUAGUAUGCCUUGCAGAGGCGUAUGGAUGGCUUUUUCCCGGAAGAUAUACUUGUACGCUGAAAUCUUCAGUAUCUUCGUGUGCACACACAUGGCCAUCACUGAUGUUGGUGUUUUUUACUGUGUCCGCGUGCAUGUCGGUCAGUGGCGUUGGUUCCCGUUCGUUGUCAGUUGAUGGCGUUAGCUUGCACGCCGGCAACGUGAACGUGUUUCUUGGUUCUGGGGUAGACUUCUACAUUUUUUUUUUAGAAUCACAACCACCCGGAAAAAUCCAUGUUUCGCACCAAGACGCGGGCAAAACACCACGUCAAGUUUGGAUUGACUGCGUACG